AUGGGUAAAAACAAAAGCAAAGAAAAUCACAAUAGAUCUAAUUCAGUUGAAAUUCAAUCCAUGGAUAUCGAUUCUUCUCAAAAUCUUCACGAAGAUGAUGCAAUAAUUGACAAUGAUUAUGAUCAAUCUGAUGAAAAGUCUUUUAUUAAAAAUCUAGCUUCUGUCAAAAAAAAUGAAGAACCUAAACAGGAUGAUUCAUUUAGUGAUGAAGAGAGUUCUCGAUCAUUUGAUGACAAUCAAACUUUAGAUGAUGAAUUAUUCUCAGACGAUGAUGAGUUAUUUGCAACUCCUGUUAAUCUUGAUUAUUAUUCAGAUCAGGAUAAUUCUAUUAUGAAUAUUAGCAAAACUAAUUCAUGGAUUCUUUGGAUCUUUAAAUUCCAAGAAAAGUUUAAACUUCCCAAUGUUUUAAUUAAUUCGUUGAUUGGUUUCUUUAGCCUUGUUUUAAAAGAUAUUGAUCUAUAUUGGUUUAAAGAAUUUUCUUCAACCAUCUAUAUGGCCAGAAAGUUAUUAAAUAUAAGGAAAAAAUCAAAAUCUUUUGUCACUUGUACUGAUUGUAACAAGUUGUAUGAUAUUGCAUCAAUAAUUCCAAAAAAUUCAGAUAGUAAUGCAACUAUAGGAUUCAAAUGCACACAUAUUGAAUUUCUAAACCAUCCUAUGCAAAGUUAUCGUAAAUCCUGUGAUUCAGAAUUACUCGUAAAGAUCUCAUUGGGUGUCACAGAUGUUAUAAAAGGGCAAGUGGCGAAGAAGGUCAAAAACUCGAAUUUUGGAGGAUUCAAUAAUAUGGAUGAGUGGUUUAAAAUGAAAAAUGUUAAAGAACAUCGAUGUGAUGCUUUAAUUUGGAAACAUCAACAAAUAAAAGAAGCUCAGAAGAAUCAUAUUAGUAGAACUCUUGUCCGAGUGUCUGAACUACUCUGA